AUUUCAAAUGUAGUAAAUAAACCAGCUUCCUCCGUAGACGCAUCACCUGUCCUGGUUGUGAUAUUAACAAAAAAUUACGAAUAUGGAAAAUGAGACAACGUACAUGGGAUACAUGAGAAAUCAGUUCAACAAUUUUUACUAUUCAGGAGAAUUUGUGGAUACAAGGUUAAUAAAGAAUCAGUACAACUUGAUUCAAGAGGAACAGCAAGAUUUGGUAAAAGAAUUCAUAAAUUUACCGAAAAUGAAGGGCGCAACGAAACCGGCUUUGUUGCACCUCCACAAACUGAUAUUUGACUUAGAUUUUGAACUGCGUAUGACAAAACAGUUCAGUUUAAAUUGGCAGAUGAUGAUAAUGCACGUAGCUUGUAUCAAAUUGGAUAAAGCGACAAGGGAUGCCUGGCAUUCGCAUUCAGGUGUGACCAUAGAUAUUCAUGAUCUGCUUCAAUUUAUCAGAGGUCGUGCGUCGAGCCCCGACCUUGUUAAUGACGGAAUUUAAUUGUGUGGUAAUGUGUAGUUUUUUUUUUGUUUUCUUGUGUUUUAAAUAUUUCUUUUGACAUUUUCAUU